CAUUAGCGCAGCGGCGCCCUGGCUGCGGGGGCGGGUGGUGCUGUGCGCUCCGCUCGGCGCUGCCUCACCGCACGGUGGGGCGGGCGCUGCUUCUGCUGCUGCCGGCGCUCGGCGGGGCCUGCGGCAGCUCAGCCCCGGCGGCACGAGGAGGAGAGGCAGGAGAGCGCCGGAGAGAGAGAGGCAGGCGUCGGAGCCCGCGGCGGCGCUGCCGCGAUCGCCCCGCUCGGCUUCCCCCAUGGCCGCGGGCUGCAGGGACGGCCCGGGGCAGGAGAAGUACCGGCUGGUGGUGGUGGGCGGCGGCGGCGUGGGCAAGUCGGCGCUCACCAUCCAGUUCAUCCAGUCCUACUUUGUUACGGAUUAUGACCCAACCAUUGAGGACUCCUACACCAAGCAAUGCGUGAUCGACGACAGGGCCGCGCGCUUGGACAUUCUGGAUACAGCAGGACAAGAAGAAUUCGGAGCCAUGCGUGAGCAGUACAUGAGGACAGGGGAAGGUUUUCUGCUUGUUUUCUCAGUCACAGAUAGAGGAAGCUUUGAAGAAAUCUAUAAGUUUCAGCGACAGAUUCUUAGAGUGAAAGAUCGCGAUGAGUUUCCAAUGAUUCUCGUUGGUAAUAAAGCAGAUCUGGACCACCAAAGACAGGUGACACACGAGGAAGGCGCGCAGCUGGCACGGCAACUUAAAGUAAUGUACAUGGAAGCUUCAGCAAAAAUCAGAAUGAAUGUAGACCAAGCUUUUCAUGAACUUGUCAGAGUUAUAAGGAAAUUUCAGGAACAAGAGUGCCCUCCUUCACCAGAGCCAACACGGAAAGAAAAAGACAAGAAAGGCUGCCAUUGUGUUAUUUUCUGAGAAUGCCAAGAACCAAGCUAUCAACUGCCAGAUCAUAUUUUUUCUUUCCAUCAUUUUACAUCACUUCUGGUAUUGGUCUAGCCUUAUAUGUGCAUGUCCUAAAAGUGGUCACCAGAAUAGCCUUAGUCCAAGAAGCUGGCAGAAUAGUUCUUGAAGAAGACUCGGUCAUCCUGGGGCAGACUUCAAACCAAAACACUAAGGCUGCUUCUCUAAUACCACAGUUCCUUCCUUCUGUCCCUUCUGAGCUUGCACCUUGUGGAGUUUUAUUCGCAAAGGAGAUGAAACAAAACCGUGUAGGACGAGGUGUUGAAGUCAUGCAUAAGUUGUCUCUUGUGAAUUAAUUUAUUUUUACUUCUGACAUUUCAUUAGCUAUUACAGAGACCUAUAUUGGGGUAUAGAGAAUACUUUUUAAAAAAGGGGUGGAUUGGCUUUUUUUUGUUUGUUUGUUUCUGCCCUCAGUUAAAUUAGACUUGAGUAUUCAGCUAGCCUUAAGAAACCUACACUGAAUUUCAUUGUCAGCAAAAAUUUUCAUCUCUCAUUUAUGCUGCAGUUUUAUUUCGGUGGCCAAAACAUUCUACUGUAUUUAUUUUUUGAAUCCAGAACAGCUACAGGAUGAUUACUACUACUAUUAGGAUAUGGCCAAAUACCUGAGCUUAUUCUGGAUUGAGGCAUUUCAGCUUAUUAAGAAAUUUCACAUUAUGUUUGAAAACAAAUUGUGUCUUCCUUUGUAUUUCUGGGUAAGGGAUUAAGGAAAACUAAAAUUGUAGCUGUUUUUGUUUCAUGUGAUAUGAAAAUGAAUUUGAUCUUUCCAUUGUCAGAGAUGAUUAAAUGUUUUUGCUAUAUACUUUUAUACAUUAUUUUCUUAUCAAACUAGUUAACAAGUAUUUUUAUAUGUUUGUAAGCAAAUAUGCUUUCACAGCAUAACUUGUGUAUAUGUAAAGAUGAGUAUUUAAUUCUCACAGUUCACUUUUAACUGACAAAAUGUGGGAUUUGCCAAACUGUGGUAAAUUUCUCCUUACUCUCCCGGUUAUACCCAAGAAUGGCCAAUUACGUGCCUGCCCAGCACACCUAUAGAGUAAAAUCGAGUGUUGUGUUUUAAUGAAUUUCAGUAUCCCUUACUAAAGACUGACCAUUAUGUGAAUUAUUAAACUGUAAGACUUUUAACUGAUUGUUUAGUUAAACUGUGGAUGGUUGUUUAAUUUUGAGUUCUGUGGAUUGUGUUUAAACAAUUCAAGAGUAUGGUCCCUGAUAUUGAAAUACUGAGUGGUAUUGCACAGUUGUCACCUUAACUGAAUGUGUCCAACAGUUCUUUGAAACUUGAUUAUUAAGCAAACCCUUGUAUAACUUCAGGUGCUAGAAUUAAAGAUGAUCUAACCAUU